AUGGCACACAUCACCAAUCAAGAACAAAAGCAGCAGCAGGGGGUGAGGGGAGGCGCGACACCGUCGCUACUCCAGGUGCUGCUGCUGAUACUCGGUCUCUGGCUGCCGGUGCUGGACAACGGCGGCCUGGUCCUGGCCUGCGGGCCAGGCAGGGGCGGCGGCCGACGACCGCCACCGAGGAAGCUAACGCCGCUGGUGUUCAAGCAGCAUGUGCCGAACGUUAGCGAGAACACGCAGCCGGCGAGCGGGAUGAGCGAGGGACGAGUGUCCAGGCAUGACUCCAGAUUCAGGGACCUGGUGCCCAACUACAACACUGACAUCAUCUUCAAGGAUGAGGAGGGGACCGGCGCUGAUCGCCUCAUGACGCAGAGGUGCAAAGAGAAAUUGAACACCCUCGCAAUCUCGGUGAUGAACCAAUGGCCAGGGGUGAAAUUAAGGGUAACGGAAGGCUGGGACGAAGAAGGGAAACACGCUACGGAUUCGUUGCAUUACGAGGGACGUGCCGUCGACGUGACAACGAGCGAUCGGGAUCGCUCGAAAUAUGGAAUGUUGGCUAGGCUCGCCGUCGAAGCUGGUUUCGAUUGGGUUUAUUACGAGUCCAGGUCACAUAUUCAUUGCUCCGUCAAAUCUGAAUCCUCAUCCGCAGGGAAAUCAGGCGGUUGCUUCCCAGGCAAGAGUCUGGUCCGGACAGAAGAUGGCCUCGCGAAGAGGUUGGACCAGGUGCGUCUGGGCGACCGUAUCGCUGCCUUGGAUUCCCGCGGCGACAUCGUCUACAGCGAAGUGAUAGCGUUCCUGGACCGAUCGUUGACGGAGAGGAGGCAGUUCGUGCGAUUAACCACGGAGUCCGGCCGAAUGUUGACUCUAACACCAGCCCAUUUGGUGCCUGUGGAAGGCAGGUCGUCAGUGUUCGCAGGCAGGGUGCAGCCAGGGGACAAGAUCCUGGUGAGGGAUCCAGCGGACGAAAAUGAAGUGGAGCAUCGUCUGCGAUGGGACAAGGUGAUGGACAGCCGGCUGGUCCUCGAGGAGGGUGUCUACGCUCCGCUAACAAUGGAGGGCACCCUUUUAGUCGACGAUGUAGUGGCAUCCUGUUACGCAGUCGUGGACAACCAGGAUCUAGCCCACCUAGCCUUCCUGCCGUACAGAAUCUGGAGCAGCCUAAAGUCCUUCGUAAGGAGGCUGACUCUAGAGGACACGAGGUACCCAGACAUCAGGCAAGACAGCAGGACGACGAAGGAAGGCAUCCUGUCGUACGCUAGCUUCCUCUACUGGAUAUCCUCUUACGUGACGCCAACGAGGAUGAUCUAUCAAUGAUGAGAGCCCGCAGGGGAACGAAGCUAGUUUCAAUCGAACGGACCGUGAAACGCGUCCGGGAAUGUUAAUCUCGUCUCGUGGAUGCCGCGAAGGACUAACGAACAGCAUCCUCGAGGCGGAAGGGUGAACGUUUUAGAGGGCGGCUUGCGGAGUUUGAUCAGUGCUGACCCGUGGACAUCUUCAACGUUCCUGGGGGUCGAUCGAAGACUCCUUACUCGCGGUUCAUCUCGCAACUGUAAGCGGAUCGGAAUUGAUUGGACGUUUCUAAUGUUUGCUGUGAACUGACAGACACGUGGCACGUGCUAGGUGCAUUGAGAAAUUAAGGAUCCGUGUUCUUGUUACAUUUGUAAACCGUCUUUGAGGGAUUGACUGACUUCUUACAAACUAGUACUGCACAGGGGCAAGAGGAAUCGUUGCUUCGCGAUGCUUGAUUGGGUAGUUAUUAGCCUAGCCGCGCGAUGAACAACGAAAGUAGAACAAAAUGCGACGGAAUGAGAUGCAACCGUGGAAAAUGACGUUAGUAGAAUUUUAUGUCAAGGUCCUUUUGCUUUUUACAAUUGCCACGGGAAGGAUUCCUAAAUCACAGCCAUGUUUUCGAGUCGAUGGCUGAAUUUACAGGUCCUCGUGUUAAUGGCUCGAUGACGAUAGCACGUUUGGGGAUUGUCUACAUGGUCCGGAACAUCCAAUCGAUUUUGCUCCGAUUAUAGUCGAUAAAUUGUAUCUAGUUCGAAGGUAUGAGGGAGGAGUUUCCCUCUGGGUGCCUCGCGCCCGAGAACGUACUCGACUACGUCGAUAAUAUUGAUGAAACGAAUGUUAAAGAGAGCGGAGAGUUUGUUGGCCAGUGACACACCGUUCACCGAGUGACGUGUAGUAUACUAGAUAUGUAGGACGAACAAAGUGAAACGAAGCUUUAGAGAGGAUCGAAGCUUUUCUCUUAAUAUUGUAGUGUGUGUACCAUACGAGUAUAUAAUAUAAAUCGUUCUCCUUCCUCGUUCCUUGGCGAUCGGCCGUGAAUCGUGUUCUCUGAGACGGAUCCGUGACAGAGCCCGUUAAAACCGAGGAUUAAUCGUGUUAACCCUUUGCGGACAAGAAUGUUUUGAACUUCCAGUGUUUUUCUUAACGAACAUGUGAUUUUUUAGAACCUCUUAUCAUAAAAACUAAAAUAUCGAAGUCUUAAAUAUUAGAAACAAAGAAAACUAUAUAAAAUUGAAGAAUUAAGCCAUAUAAAGAGGAACUGUUUAAACUUCUAUAUUUUUUAAUGAACUUGUGAUUUUUUAAACCCUGAUCCCAUAAAAAUUGAAAUAUCAAAGUCUCAGAUAUCAGUAAAGAGUAUAUAAAAUUAACAAGGUAAACCAUAUAAAAUUUAUAUAAAAACCAUAUAAAUUUGUCGUUACUCGAAUAAUUAAAUCAUCCAUUCCCAGUUUCAAAUCUUAAAUAUCAAAGCCCGAAGUCGCCAUUAUGGCAUUCGUUCGCAAAGCGUUAGUAAAGAAAUAUUAGUACACCAACACAGAUUGAUCCUUCAUCGAUAUUCGUCACGACAAAAAAAUUCGGGACAGUGUUUUUUAAUUGCACAACUUCAAUGGAGAGCGCAGUUAUAAUUUCACGCAAUGCUGGCGGAUUACAUUUUACAGCAUCGCGUGUUCCGCGACGAAAUAGUUGAAAAACGGUUCCCUUUAUGGAAUAUUCGAAUUUCCAUGGAUUUCAUGAAACGCCCAUAAAAGUACGUCCCGUAUUUUUCUACUCCGUGGAACCUUUCAGGAAUCCCGAUACCGAAGUAUUUCACAUUUUCCGUGGAACGCCGCGAGCGGUGUCAAAUAUUCAGCGAACACUCAACGAAAUGAAUUCUCGUUCACAUUUACGUGCUUUUAAUUGCGCGUGUCGC